AUGGUAUAUUCAAUAACCACCCCUGUGAUCCUAGGACUCAUCCUACUCGUCCCAUAUCUAUUUUUCUCCAAACCGAAACUACCAAAGGGAUGGAAUACAACACCACUAAACUCAACCCUCCCCCGUCUCCGCCUACUGCACCCCUGGCGCACCCGCACCAAACAAUCCUGCGAAAUCGUCUCACUACGAAUAUACCCAAUAAAGUCCUGCCGCGGCUUCGAAGUCCAAAGCACAACGCUAAAAGAGCACGGCCUCGACCUCGACAGAAAAUGGAUGCUAGUCGACGCAUCAACAAACGAAUUCCUCACAAUCCGCCAAAUCCCAUCCAUGACACGUAUCAUUACAGCGCUAAGCUCCGACCCCGAUCCAGACCUGUUAAUAUCCAUCCCGACAACGAAAUCCAGAAGCAAAACGAUUCGCAUCCCCGCCCACCCCUCAAAGGACUGGCUAGCGAAAAAUACAUCCAUCGCCCCGGUUAAAAUCUGGGAUAAUGACACGGACGGAUACAUCUAUCGCGAGAAAAUUAACGCGCCCUUUUCGGCGUUUCUGGGCCGGCCUGUCUCGCUUGUGUAUAAGGGUCCCACCCCUCGCGUGUUGAAAGGGAAUGGGGCGCCGGAAUUACUAGGUCGGGUGCAGAGCACGGGGUUUCCGGACGUUUUCCCCAUCUUGAUUGCGUCGGAGGCUUCGCUUGCGGAGUUGAAUGCGCGGUUACGGAAGAUUGACGCUGAUCCUGUUACUGUUGAGCGAUUUAGGCCUAACAUUGUUGUUCGGGGUCAAAUGCCCUGGGUGGAGGAUUCGUGGAAAACGGUGCGGAUAGUAAGAAGUGCUGCUGGGAAUGAUGUUUCUUCAGCCUUAAUGCCGCUUGAUUUGGAUGUCGUUGCGAGGUGUGCGAGGUGCCAGGUUCCGAACGUUGAUCCUGAGACUGCGGACAAGCAUAAGAAGCAGCCGUGGGAUACGCUUAUUUCGUAUAGGAGGGUGGAUGAGGGGAUUAGGUGGAAGCCUUGUUUUGGGAUGUUAGGUGCGCCGAGAGAUGAGGGGCUUAUUGAGGUUGGGAUGAAAUUGGAGGUUUUGGAGGAGACGAAUGAACAUCGGUAUAUCACGGGCUUCAAUGCUUAA